AGAAGUCACCGCAGGAGUCUCCCAGGGAGGAACCGGAGAAACAGGAGGAGACCGGAGGAAGUCGCGCGACCUUGACGGACAAUGAAGAAGGUCAAGACAAGAAGGAAGAAGAAGAACCAGUGAAGACACAGAAGAAGGAAAAAGAUGACACCGAAAAGCAAGACGCCCCGGCAGGUAAGACGGAGGACCGUAAGCCGACAACAGGCUACUCCUCUCCUCAAGGCUUCCGCUCCGUACAUCCGGGCACUUCCUACACGCCAAGGUCACCCCGCACACGCACAGCGGCAGAUUCAAGGUCACGGGAGAAGAAGACAAAGGAGUUCAUGAAGGAAGAGCUGAGGAGGGUCAAGACGAGCUUUAGGAAGAUCACUGCUCACAUAGAGCGGCCUCAGCUACAACCUUACCGCCCGUUUGUAUGGAACAGUCUGGCUCCCUACUACUCUACUUACAGCGUGCAGUUCCUACUAGAUCUGCCAGAAGAGGCCAGUCAAGGCUACAACACCAGACAGACGGCUAUCGGCCUGACGGACCCGGAAGUUUCCUGGAGAAUGGACCACGUGAUGUUGCCCAUGAUGACGUCACGACCAAUGACAGAGCCCGCUCCAACUGCCAGGAGAAGUUACGAGCCUGACACCAGACCACCUAAAGCAGGCAGCACCCACCUGCCAAUGUUCCCCAAGAUCAACUACAGCAAGACGGAAACCGCCAGAAAAGAGAUUAUCAACUAUGGCGAGGUCCCAAAACUUAGGCAAGAGUGAAAGAGAAGUACGGAUCAGGUGCGGAGGAGCGUCGGAGGGAAGACUACAGGAGAACCAAGCAAGACUUCUACAGGUAGGGUCAAGGUCAAGGU